UUUACAACUGAUUCUUUUACAUAUUUCUAUCCACUGCAUAAUUUGUAAAAAAAAUGAGGAAAUACUUGAGAUAUAGUAUAUUGUUCUUCAUUGUUUUGAUUUCGACAAGUUGUAAACGAAGCUUUUCUUUGAAUAAUGGAACAAAAAAGUACAUGUCUGCCAUAGGUGAUCCAGGAAUGCAAAGAGAUGGACUGAGGGUGGCCAUUGAAUCAUGGAACCAAUGCAAUGAAGUUGGGGAAGAAACUCCUAAUUUUGGGAGCCCUAGAGCUGCUGACUGCUUUGAUGUUAUUGAAAAUCCAAGGAAGGAAGGUUACACAUUACAACACAAAGUCACAGAGCAUGACAAUAAACUAGGAGUAGGGACACCAAUUCCAGGUGAAAGCUCAAAAUCCUUCAACAACAUAGACUUAUAUGCAGCAGAAAAAGAAGUGUAUUUAGGUUCAAAAUGUCAAGUAUCAGACAAGCCAAAUUCAUGGCAAUUCUGGAUGAUCAUGCUUAAAAAUGGUAACAUGGACACUUACGCUGCCUUAUGCCCUAAGGACGGCGUAAAAGUUGGCCCUUAUGGACCCGAUCAUCGCUUCGAUUGUUUCGGAAAAGGGUGCAUGAGACACCCUACUAUGCACCAUAAGUAUACUACUUUAGUAGGGAAUGAUACUCUAAUGGGAAGAUUUUUUGGGACAUGGGAUGUGGAUAGUGAUUUGAGCAAGUUGGGAAUCGAUGAAGUGAAAAAUAAAUCUUUCUAUUCCGUAACUUGGAAGAAAGAGAUUGGGAAAGGAAGUUGGGUUUUCCAUCAUGUUCUUAAAACCUCUAAACGAUUUCCUUGGUUGAUGCUUUACUUGAGAUCAGAUGCUAUUCAAGGAUUUUCUGGCGGAUAUCAUUAUGAUACAAGAGGAAUGAUAAAAACUAAAUAUCUAGUAUCUCCAAACUUCAAAGUAAGAUUCACUUUGAAUGUAACCAAAGGAGGGGGUUCAAAAUCCCAGUUUUACCUCAUGGACAUGGGAAGCUGUUGGAAAAACAACGGUCAGCCGUGUGAUGGAGACGUAACAUCAGACGUCACACGUUACAGUGAGAUGAUCAUCACACCUGAGACUAAGUCAUGGUGCAGGCCUCAUAAGGUGGAACUUUGCCCACCCUACCAUACCUUCUCAAAUGGUAGCCGUGUUCAUCGUGAGGACACCAGAAACUACCCAUACGACGCGUAUCAUAUGUACUGUGGUCCAGGAAAUGGGAAACAUUUAGCAGAGCCUAAUAGAAGAUGUGAUCCUUUUAGCAACCCACAAGCUCAAGAAAUAUUGCAAAUUUUACCUCAUCCUGUUUGGGGUGAAUAUGGUUAUCCUACAAAGAAAGGAGAAGGUUGGAUCGGUGAUUCCAAGACUUGGUUGCUUGAUGUUGGGAGGAUGUCACAAAAUUUAUACUUCUACCAGGAUCCUGGAACACAACCAAUCAAGAGGAGAUGGUCAUCCAUAGAUUUGGGAGUGGAAGUAUAUAGAGAUCCUGAUCAAGUUGUAGAAUGGACUGUUAGUGACUUUGACAUCCUUGUACCAGAACACAGUUUUACAUCUCUAAGCAAUAAGAACUAAGUUUUAGGGGUCCAAGAACACUGGGAAAUAUAUGUUAGUUUUGUCAUAUUUUCUUAACCGAUAAUUUCUUGUUCUUUUACAUUGAACUAAUGUUCAUUUAUCAUUGCAUACAUAUACAGAACGUUUCAAGGUUGGCCUAGUGGCUAGUGGUUGUAAUACCCUCCUUCCACUCAUGUAACAGGGCUUCGUUUCUCACCCCUUACAAGAAGGAUCCCGAUUUCCCUCAUUCUUUUUAAGGGAAUUCUCCUUAUCUUUAAAAAAAAUAUACUCAUACAAUAUAAUGAGAUAUUAAAGGCCUUGUACAAAUAGAUGGCACGUCCUUCCUUUGGAGGUUGACUAAUUAAAUUUAUUUAUGCUAUUAUUCCCUUAAAUAAUGCCAAUCUUACACCAAAUGAUCCAUUGAAUAGAUCUUUUAAAAUUACUAAAUUCACAGAUACCAUAAUUAAAAAGUCUAUCCUCAC